CUUACUAGAUAUAGUAAAACCGUUCUUAGUGUAGCUAUACUUGAUUACCUUACGAAUAAAAAUAAUACCCUUAUUCUUAGCUUCUUCUUUAACUUUAGCGAUACCAGAAAGCAGACAUUAGAUUAUAUACUACGAAUUAGCUCUACCUUUUACCUUAAUUCUUUGUUUAAAGUAUACCAGAAUAGCAUUAAUCAAUGUAUAAUAAAGGAGCUAUCAGAUACUGUUUUUAAGAUACUCAUAGCCCAGAAGAAGGUAUUUAUUAUCCUAGACGUAUUAGAUAAAUCAACGACAAGGAACAAGUAUAACUUACUUAACGGUGUAAAUUUACAGAGAAGUCCUAAUCUUAAGAUCUUCUUAAAGGGAUCUAAAGUAAAAGAAGGCCCUUAUAUUGUUACUGCUAGAUCUAAACGAGAUAUACCAGCGUAUAAUUGUAAGUAUACCGGCGGAGGAAAAGAAUAA